AGCCCACCGCCCACCACUAUGCGAGCGAGAGCCCUUCUUCUGAGGCUAGGGUGCGAGGCUGCCGGCCCUUCUGCAGCCUCAAACCGCAGCCCCUCAGUGUCCCCCCGCUUGGGGGCGGCUAGACACCGGAAACUGGAGCUUUUGGCUGCCAGCCCGAGACCGGAAGCGGAAGCGCGGGGUGUUGGUGAGGAAGGAGUUGCGGGGUGGUUUGCUGCGUGCUGUGUACUGUCUUCUCCGCGGGGAACGGGAUUCAUGUGACAAAACGUCUCUGUUCAUGCUUGACUUGAAACUAGCCUCAAGCUUCACAUGUCCUCACUGAUCUGUGGAUUUCUGUAUGACCAGAGCCCUGACUGAGUGCAUUGUGGGGAGAAGAGGAGGAGUGUCCUGGCCCUUCCACUGCCCUGUUGUUCACUAAAACUUACCGUCGGAGUCACUACAGGAUGGCAACCAUGGUUCUGUCCCCUACUUGUGCUCAGUCUUCCUUGUACCCAAUCUCUCAUCAAAAAGGAUGCACAGAGGAGGAAGGGUUGGCCAAUGGCUUCCUGACAAGCUGGUUACAAGACUUGGUGACUUUUGAGGAUGUGACAGUGGAGUUCACCCGGGAAGAGUGGGCACUGCUAGACCCUUCGCAACGAACACUGUACAGAGAUGUGACGCUGGAGAACUGCAGGAACCUGGCAUCGCUUGGGUAUCAUAUUGAUAAACCCAGUCUGAUCUCCCAGUUGGAGCAAGAAGACAAGGUGAUGACAGAGGAGAGAGGAGUUCUUCCAGGCAGCUGUCCAGAUUUGGAGACUGUACUUAAAGCCAAAUACUUAACUCCUAAGAAGCAUGUUUUUAGAAAAGAACAUUCUAAUGGUGUACAAGCGGAGAGAAGUCAUCUUGGAGUGAAACUCAAUGAAUGUAAUCAGUGUUUUAAAGUCUUCAGCACAAAAUCUAAUCUUACUCAGCACAAAAGAAUUCAUACUGGAGAAAAACCCUAUGACUGUAAUCAAUGUGGCAAAUCCUUCAGCAGUAGAUCUUAUCUUACUAUUCAUAAGAGAAUACAUAAUGGGGAGAAACCCUAUGAAUGCAAUGACUGUGGGAAAGCCUUCAACGAUCCUUCAUCCCUUAGACUGCAUGUAAGAAUUCACACUGGAGAAAAACCCUAUGAAUGUAACCAGUGCUUUCAUGUUUUCCGCACUAGUUGUAACCUCAAAAGCCACAAGAGAAUUCAUACACGGGAGAAUCAUCAUGAAUGUAAUCAGUGUGGCAAAGCCUUCAGCACCAGGUCCUCCCUUACUGGGCACAAUAGUAUUCAUACAGGAGAGAAACCUUAUGAAUGCAAUGAUUGUGGGAAAACCUUUAGGAAGAGCUCCUAUCUGACCCAGCAUAUGAGAACUCAUACUGGAGAAAAACCUUAUGAGUGUAAUCAGUGUGGAAAAUCCUUCAGCAGUAGCUUUUCUCUUACUGUGCACAAGAGAAUUCAUACUGGUGAGAAACCCUAUGAAUGCAGUAACUGUGGGAAAGCUUUUAAUAAUCUCUCAGCUGUUAAGAAACAUGUAAGAACUCACACUGGAGAAAAACCCUAUGAAUGUAAUCAUUGUGGAAAAUCUUUCACCACUAACUCUUACCUUUCUGUGCACAAGAGAAUCCAUAAUAGGUGGAUUUGACUACAAUAACUAGAAACGCAUUCAUUGAUUUCAUAUCUCUCAGACAACGUGUGAUAACUCACACUAGAUGUAUGCGUUAUCUAUUGCUGUAUAACACAUUUUCCUUCUAAACAUAGUGGCUUUAAACAACAAACAUUGAUUAUCUAUAGGUCAGGAAUUCGGAACAGCUUAGCUGUGUAGUUCUGACUCAGUAUUUCUCUUGAGGUUCUAGUCAAGAUGUCAAUGGCUGCUACAGUCAUCUGUGUCUUUACUGCUGAACAGUCCACUUCCAAAAUGGGUCACUCACAUGUCUGGCAAGUUAUUGCAGGUUGCUGGCAAGGAAUCUUCAUUUUUUUUUUUUUUACCAUGUAGGACUCUCCACAGGGCUGAGUAUCUUUAUGAUGUAGAAGCAGUUUCCUCCCAGAGCAUUUGAUAUAAAGAUGCAUUGUCUUUUGUGACCUAGCCUUAGAAGGACAUAUCAUUUCCGUAUUUGACACAGACCAGUCCUGACACAAUGUGGGAAAAGACCACACAAAAUAUGAGUACCAGGGGACAGAAAUUUUGGGGAACCAUCUGAGAAGCUUGUUAUGAAAUCAAUGAGGGAAAGACCCUUCAGGAGAACCACCCUCAUUCUUUGAAUCUGUUCAGUAUAAAGGAACAUUCAAUAACUCUUGUGUUAAUUCUCUCGUGAGAGAAACCCCAUGAGUCUAAUCUUUGUGAUAAGCUUUCAGCUCAAAUUUCACCCUCAUGUGCAGAAAAGAUUAUGUAUUGGCAAUAAAUCUGAGGACUACAUCUAGGGAGUCAUGUGACAAUUCAUACUAGGGAAAAUCCUGUGAAUAUCAUUAGAAAGUAAAAGUCUUCACUUUUCACUUAGAACACACAUGAGAAAACACUACAGAGGAGCACUUACCUAAGGAAUGUGGAAAACCUUAUAGCAAAAGCAUUUAUAUUAUUGAGCAGAAGAUGAAGAGAUAUUGAGUGUAGUUACUAUGGAAAAGCCUUCAGUGUUCUCUCAACUUUUAAGAGAUAGGAGGAUUUAUUCUUGAGAACAAGUCCCAUUGAAUGUCAUCAGUAUUGGAAAGCUUCCAUUUUUUUACAUUCCUCAAACUGAAAACUCACUGCAGAAAAAUUUGUGAGUAUAAAGAAUGAGGGAGUACUUUUAAUGAUACUUCUUAACUUAGGAAAAAUGUGAAAUUCGUGGAGCAGCAAAACCUGGAAGUGGAUUAAUUUUGGAAAAUCUCUUGGUGAUUCUUGUUUUGUUGACUUGAGAAGUCACAUUGGAGGGGAACAUUAGGAAGGUACUCAACAUGAAAUUGCCUUAGCUCUUCUCUGAGUGGCCACAGAAUAAUUUAAACUGGGAAUGAAAAGUAUACAUGUUGAGUGUGGGAUUACUUUUAUCAGUGUCUCAUCUUAGAUUGGAGCAUCAGUCUUAAUUUUCAGUCUUUUUGUUUAGGUAUAAACAUGUCUCUAGCUAUACUCUGAAAUAAACCCUAAAUUACGUUCUAUAGCUUUGUAUGUAAUACAUGUCAUUUAAUCUAAAACAUUAGUAUAUUGCAUAUUCAUAAAGGCAUUUCUGAAUAUCUCCUGAGUGAUUUAGUUUAUUAUAGUAAAAAUUAGACCGUAGUCCAAUCUCCCCUAUUUAUUAAAGAAUAAAAAGAUUUUUUUCAAGUUGUUGAUGAGUAGUGUUGGAAAUACUCAAUCUGUGAGGCAUCGCAGAAGCUCAGAGAGGCAUUGUCCCACUGUGCUGGCCAUAAGAAAUUGUUAGAGUCACUAGGGGGAACAUUUUGCAGCUUGUCUGCCUCACCCAUGUUCUAUUCAUCCUACCUAUUCUUUUUCUUGAAAGUAGACUCAAGGCCUAGAUUUGGAAGAGCUAUAUUUUGAUCAUGAUAAAAACCACAAUGUGGCAAAAGUUAACCAUGGUUUGGGCUCCCAAGGAGCCUCUGAUUGGCUCUGUCAGCUAUGGACUGCUUAUUCCUAGACUUCUUACAUGAUUAGAAGUAAUCGCUAACUAGUUGAAACCCAAGUGAUUUGGGAGGAGGUUGUUUUUGAGUUGCUUUUAUGUUGAUGUCCAGCUGAAUGUAAUAUUAUUUGUUGGUCAGCUUUUAUAAAUGCUCCAGUUUUCUUUGAAAAACAACAUGUAUUCUCUAAUUUUUGGAUAUAGAAUAUAUUCCCAUUAACUCAAGCCAGUUGUGUUUUCAGAUAUAGUAUGUACAUUCAAGUUCUUUUUCUUUCAAGCUUUUUUAGUGAUAGAUGUGUAUUAAAGUCUUCCAUCAUGGAUAUGGAUUAAAAAAUUCAUUUUGGUAAUUCUGUUACUUUUUUCUUUAUGUAUUUUUAUGUAAUAGAAAUAAGUACAUGGUUAGGUAUUACUUUGUGAUUUGUUCUUAUGUAGGGACUGUGUUUUUUCAUUGCAAAGUAUUUUAGUGGAAUAGUAAAUGAUCAAACACUUAUAUAGCCCUUCCCCCAAACCAGGCACUCUUCUAAAUGCCUGAUGGACAUUAACUUAUUGAGUAUUCAUUAUAAGCUUGAGAAAGGUGUACUAUUAUUACCCCAUUUUGCAGAUGAGAAAAUUGGCAUGGUACACUUAUAUUACUUGCCAGAGUUCACUCACUAGUGAGUGGUAGAGGCCAGAUUUGAAUCCACAUAGUAUAUGCUAUUAACCAGUAGCCUAUUUAUUGAGUAUUUUCUCUAUGCCAACUCCUGUUUGAGACUGGUGUCUAUAACAAUGAAUGAAACUCAGAUUUUGCCAUUACUUAAUCCUGUUGAUUUUUCCUUGUAGAAAAAAAUCAAGAAAAUAAUGUUAGUGUAAUGUAGAAAAGUAAAGCAGUAUAAGAUAGUUAAAGGGAAUUGAGGUCUUGCUAUUUUAUGUAGAAUAGGAAUGAAAAGCCUCUUAGUUAAGGGGCACUCUAAUAUUAGACACCUUAAUGAGUUGGGACGGUGAGUCAUGAAUUUGUGUAGCAAGAGUAGUUUUGGCAUCCAGAGGCCCACACCACCGAGGUCAGUGUGAAUGGAGUAGAAUAAGUUGGGUAUGGUGAGAAGAUGAUGUGGUCAGAGACUUGGUAGAUCCCUCUCUUUCUGUGUUUUAUGGGUUAUUGUUAGGAGCUUUCCUUCUCCUUUUAGUGAGUUGGUAUAUCAUUUACAGCCUAAGCAGGAAACAACUGACACACUCAGACUAGGACAAUUCAAGUAGAAUUUUCAUAAAGGGGCUACUUACAGAGUUUUGUAGGAGUGAUGUAGAAAGACUAAAAGGUUGUUGGACCAGUAGCUGGUAAAGGCAGAGUUCUAACACCACUAAAGCUUGAAGGAACAAUUACUGAAAUCAAGAGACAAGAGAGGAGAGAAAUGUAUUGCAGGAGGACUCUCAAGGAGGUCAGAGGUAGCAUUCAGUCCCAGGUUCUGCAGGGAAUAGCCAGUGCCAGACUUAGUCUCUUACUUCAGUUUCAUGCCUAGACUCCCCCUUAACCAAACCCAGCCAGAAGCCCAUUGAUAAUAGUUCAUACUGACUAACCUUCCUAGGUGCAGCAAGGUAGAGUUAAAGGGAUCCACCAAGGGGAAGGAAACUAGAACUGCUCACCUCUUUUGCUUCUUAGAAUCUACUCUUGUCAGUUACCUGGGUGGAAAGUUUAUGACCCUGCCUAGGAAUUCCAUAGCUACUGUAGCAUCCUGGGCCUGUCAAAGCACUGAUAUACUCCCAGCUGUAGUCUAAAAUUGUUUCCUCCAUGGGUAUGGGGUUGGGAGGAGAGUACAAAAAAUAACCUAAAGUUUUGGUUCCUUGAGGGGUAAAGGAGACAAAGUAAGAGUCCCAUUGAACUUUAUGGCUGCUAUGAGACCAGCAUACAAAGAGAGACGUCACCAUAACUUCUGGUGUGGGUAAUGAGCCUGUCAUCCAGAUGUGGGUCUUGUUAAACAGUGAUGGCCAAGAAGAAAACAUUUGGCAUUCAGCUAAUCCAGUGGGAUGUUUCUUGAUACUCUUCCCAAUUUUGUUAAGUGUAACAGCUAUAAUCUGAGAAGGAUGUCGUGGCCAGGUAUUCAGACUCUUCAGUGAUGAGGAUAUGGAUUAUCCCUCCAAGUAAGCUACCUAGACCACAGAGAUGCUUGUCAAGGGUGAAGGAAAUGUAGGAGAGAGUAGUAGAGGAAUGUGAUGCUAAAAGUAUCAGCAGCAACACUGAAAAUUGCUGUGGACAGCUAAUUUGUCCCACUGAUCUUGUACAUUUCUCCAGGCAACAAGAGCCACCAAAAUCCUAUGUGCAUUUACUUUUAGAAGCAAGUAUAUCUGAGUGGCAUAAUUGGUGGACCCUAAUGGAGACUUCUUUUAGAACUAAGUUCAACUGCUGGAAGUGUUGGCUGCUAAUGGCUUGUGCAGCCAAUUCACUAGGAAUUUCCUUGGACCAAAGAAAAAUGCCACACCUAAGGUGAUGGCAACUCUUGAGGGGCUAGUUCACUUACAGUGACUGGUUCAUUUGAGGAGUACAAACGUGCAAUUAAUUUGCCUCAAUUUGAGACACCCAUGAAGGGCCACCCCAGGUCCAGAACUCCCCAUGGGAUCAAGGGUAGUCCUCAUUUUUAACUUAUCACAGUUCUGUCUUCGUCUGCUCAAUUUUGGUUCUCUCCUUUAGAGAUAGUUGCUUCAGGCAAGUGACAGACUUUUCAUACUAAAGUUUCUUCUUCUGUAAAAUGGGAACAAAAAAGAGUGCCUCUGUAAACAUAUAUUAAGGAUUAGACUAGUUAAUAUAUGUAAAGCACCCAUGAGACUUUCUGGUAUAUAGGAAACAUUGUAUAUUUAUUUCAUCUUUCAUUAUGAAUGAAUUAAAAUUCAUUGUAGGAUUAUACUGAGCAAAAUAAGCCACACUCAAAAGUAAAUAUUGUACAAUUAUAUUUGUAUGAAUUUUAAGAACAAGCAAAAAAUCUGUGAUAGAAAAAUAAUCAGAACAGUGAUUAUUUUAAUCUGAGCUGAACUUGUGGGGGAGGAGGUAAGGGAGGAGCAGGGAUUGGCUGAAGGGACAGGAAGGAACUUUAUGGGGUGAGGAGAAUGUUCUAUAUCUCAGUAGGAGUAUGAGUAACCUAGGUAUGUGCAUUUAUCAGAAUGCACUGGCUGUAUAUAUUUAAGACCUGUACAUUGCACUGUAUGUAACAUACCUAAGUUUAUAUCAGCUUUGUUAUGUCAAGUGUAAAAAGCCAUUUAUUGUAUGAUUCCAUUAUGUGCCAUUCUGGAAAAAGCAAAACUCUAGGGAAGAACAGCAAUUCAAUGAUUCCCAGGAGCAAGGGGUAAUGACAGAGGGCGAUGACUAUAAAGGGACAGAACAAAGGAA